GUCCUUCUUAGCAUUGUGCUUCUCCAGCAAGCCUGACACUGCCUCACAGAGCUUCCUCAGAGCCACUCUCAGCGAAGCAAGCUUCUGCUGAUUGGGCCCAGGCCUGCCCCAAGGAGUCUGUAGAUUUAAAAAAUGAACCCCACGGACGUAACAGACACCACCCUGGAUGAAAACGUGUAUAACAAUUAUUAUCUCUACGAGAGUAUCCCCAAGCCUUGCUCCAAAGAAGGCAUGAAGGCAUUUGGGGAGCUCUUCCUGCCCCCUCUUUACUUCUUGGUCUUUCUGUUUGGGCUGCUUGGAAAUGCAGUGGUGGUUCUGGUCCUACUGAGGUACAAGCGGCUCAAGUCCAUGACUGACAUAUACCUGCUCAACCUGGCCAUCUCUGACCUGCUCUUCGUGUUCUCCCUACCCUUCUGGGCCUACUAUGCUGCCGACCAGUGGGUGUUCGGACUGGGUCUGUGCAAGAUUAUCUCCUGGAUGUACCUGGUGGGAUUUUACAGCGGCAUAUUCUUCAUCAUGCUCAUGAGCAUUGACAGGUACCUGGCAAUUGUGCACGCCGUGUUUUCCUUGAGAGCCAGGACCUUGACUUCUGGGGUGAUCACCAGCUUGGCCACGUGGUCAGUGGCCAUACUCGCCUCACUCCCAGGCCUCAUAUUUAGCACUUGUUAUACUGAGCGCAACCACACCUACUGCAAAACCAAGUACUCUGUCAACUCCACAACGUGGAAGGUUCUCAGCUCCCUGGAGAUCAACAUUCUCGGAUUGGCGAUCCCCUUGGGGAUCAUGCUGUUCUGCUACUCCAUGAUCAUCAGGACCCUGCAGCACUGUAAAAACGAGAAGAAGAACAAGGCGGUGAAGAUGAUCUUUGCCGUGGUGGUCCUCUUCCUUGGGUUCUGGACGCCUUACAACAUAGUGCUCUUCUUGGACACCUUGGUGGAGCUCGAAGUCCUUCAGGACUGCGCCUUCGAAAGACACCUGAACUAUGCCAUUCAGGCCACAGAAACUCUGGCUUUUGUUCACUGCUGCCUUAAUCCGGUCAUCUACUUUUUUCUGGGGCAGAAAUUUCGGAAGUACAUCAUUCAGCUCUUCAAAACCUGCAGGGGCCCUUUUGUCCUCUGCCAGUACUGUGGGCUCCUCCAAAUUUACUCUGCUGAUACCCCCAGCUCAUCUUACACACAGUCCACCAUGGACCACGACCUCCACGAUGCCCUGUGACAAACGAGAAUGCAAAAACCAGAGAUAAAGAACUUCCCAAGCGAAGAGCUUACUUAAAAUGGUAUUUAGGAAGAGUUCAGGAAGAAAGCUUACAUACCGAGCGGAAAGCUGGCUUCUCACCCUGAGGUUAGCUUUCCCCCUCCCAACGUGCAAUUCCAGCCCGGCAAGAACUCCUCUGGACUGAGACAUCCUUCCACCCAUUGCGCUUGCCCACGGGGAUAAGUAAGUUCGAGAAGAAUUCUGAAUAGUGUUUACAGGUAAUAUCGAAGGGGAAAAAUCAUUUCCUUCUAACUUGAACUGAUGCGGUUCUCCAGAGGGGGCUGUAGAGAAUUGGCUGAUGGAGUACAUCACUACCCUCCUGCUGUGAAAUAAUAGUCCUGUAAUUAAUCUCUAGCUUUUGUGAAAUAACAGAACAUUCUGACAUGCUGUCCCAGCAGAAUUUUUCUAACAACGUACCUGAGGCCUGGUAUAGUGCAUGAAGUCAGGUAUAUGCAGGAAGAAUUAGUAAUGAACCUAGAUCUUGAUUCUGUUAUUGUAAAGGAUUAUUUGUAAACUGAAGCUGAACGAUGCAUGCUGGUUAUGAGGGUAAGGAUAGGAAGGCAUUAGUGUGGUCUGACUUCCAAUUACUAAAUACGAGGCGUUCAAAAUCCAAACCGACUUGUGGAAAUUCAAACACCAUUUCAUUUGAUUGUGGACGGUGUUUUGUUUAAAUUAUAACAGAUAAGUAUUUAAAUUUCAAAAAUAAGACAUGCAUCCCCCCAAACACUUUCGGGGUCUUUUAAUUGUUUACAGACAGGGUCUUCAAAAUUAAAAAUAAAGAGGACUAAUAAAGUCUGACGGUGCUCCUUAAUCAUUUUGAAGCGCAUGCCGUCAGCUGAAGUAAGAAUAAUCAAGUAAAAGUUAUGCUGACGUGGCAUAAAAUGACUGUCGAAAAGUUAUGAAACUGUAAAGAGUGUCAUCCUCUAUUCAAAAUAUUGGCCUUGGUUUUUAACUUUUGAAUGACUCAGUUUUCGCCAGUCAUUUCUUGCAAGUCAUUUCAGUAAACUAAUUAACCAUUUUACACCAUUAAGAUAAAUUGCUACCCCCCAUUCUUACGGCCUUAAUUACUCAGAACUGAGCAAAGACGCCCACAAGUCUGGGAAGACCCCUAAUCCCUCCAAAAGCAAAAUCCUAUUUUGCAAGCUAUUAGCUGAGUUAAUCAGUUUAAGAUGCUUCUGUAAGUUUACACAUUAUUGCAUGUGCUACGUUGAUAAAGACUGCUUUUCCAGAAAAUGUAUUUUCAGAAAAGUGAUUUUAAAAGGGAAAGUUGUUGUUGCCUUUACAGAAAUAAAAUAAACUUGUCUUGGUUUUUUUCCUGAUCAUGUUUUCGCUUGAAUCUCUUGAUAGGGAGGAGAAUCUGAGCAACAGAUAUUCCCAUUGCUUUGCCACAGGCCGUAGAUGUCACGGACAUACCCAAAGGCAGGACUCAGAGUUCUCUGUUAAGAUCUGUACUUGGUGUUGUGAAAGGCGCUGCCGUAGGAGCACAGCUGGGGACAAGUGUGGAUAAAAGUUAGCGGUAAGGCAAGGUUCCUAGGCAGCGUCUCCUUAGAAAACUUCUGCGCCGUAUGCUAGGAUCUCCCAAAUCCCACAUCUAUUAGCACCUAUAGUUUAGAGCGAUUAAAAGAAAUAAAUAAGAUGAUUAAUCCAAAACACCUAUGCCUGGGUCAUAGCUAAAGGGUGGUUUUGGAUCUGCCCAACCAGGGGGCUACCUCCUCUUUCCUGGUAGAGCUUGUAAUUUUAUUCAUUUAAUCACGGAGAGACAAAUGUCAGGACGCCAAGAGACAAAGACUGGCCAAAGAAGUUUAACGAACAAGGCAAAACAAACCACCAGCUGCCGUGGAGCUGAUUCCUAAGCAAGACAACCCCGUGGGUGUCAAAGCAGAACUGUGCUCCACAAGGUUUUCAAUGUCUGAUUUUUCAGAAGUAGAUCUCCAGGCCUUUCUUCUGAGGUGCCUCUCGGUAAACUCGAACCUCCCACCUUCCGGUUAGCAACUUAACCCUUUGCGCCUCCCAGGGACUCCCAAAGGGGUUUUAUUGUCCCCUUAUCUCCCAUCACAUACAAUGCCAAGCAAUGAUGAGGCGAGGUCCACAGGGCUCCCAUCCGUGGGUGUCUUCCAUUGCCUCAAGUCACUCAGGGCUCUCCUUGUUCCAAAGUUGGGGGGUAUUCUCUGAGGACGUGAGUUGAGAGCCUCUGCUGACAUGCAAACAAAACCCUCUCAGAACACCAAAAAAAAAGUGUCUUCCCACUCAGUAUCAGAAAAAUAGAAAACAAGACAGCAUGAUUUCUACACAAAGGUGGGUUUUAACUGUAACUUCUCAGACAUUAGAUGUAUCCCUUCCUUGUUGCAAAAUGUCUAGCUCUUGGGGAAACCAGACUAGGUGAAUUUACUUAAGAAAAAUUGAAAACAGCUGAGUCUGGGUCUGUCCCAGAGUAGGCACUCAAUAAAUUCCAUCCACUUCCCACGAGAAGAACAAAUGCAUGGUGAUGCUGAGGGUCUUCAGACCUUUACGAUUUCCCCCAAGAAAUUCUCACAACAGUUUGUAAUUAUUUGAUACAAUUAGUUCCUAGUUGUUGAAUGUCUGUUUUGCGCCAAGCAGAAUGCUGGGUUAUAGAAGGACGAAAGGGGAUAAAGAGUAAAUUCUGCAUUUGUGGAAUUUACAAUCUAAUGAGGUUAACUAUAGUCCAAGCAAGACAGAUUUGACAACAGUGCUACAAACAAGGUUUUCUGAGGCACCCGGGAAAGAAGAAAUUGAUCCACUCUUCCAUAAUAGGAUUGGUUUUUGAACUGGGCCUUGCAGGGGGAGCAUGGUUUUGAUGGAUGGAAGGGAGGAAGGACGUUGAAGGCUGAUGAAAUAGCACAGGAAAAGGCAGGGUGUUAUAGAGAGCAUUGUGUUCAGGGAGUGGUGAGAAGGGUUUUUUUGUUUUGUUUUGUUUUGUUUUGUUUUGUGUGUGUGUAUGUGUGUGGUGAAAAUGAAGUUAAAGUGAAUAUGUGUAUGUUGGGGUGGGGAGGAGGGGGAAGAGCAAAACAAAGA